GUUUAAAAAAAACUCGACUUUUCUGACGAGUACGUCACUAGUAUUAAAGGAUGUCUUCAGCCAACUUCGGAACCUACACACGAGCCAUCGUCCGCCAGAUUCCCGACUCCAUUCGGGACCACUCGGAGUGCUUCGAAGGUCGAGAACUGGACGGUCUUCCUCUCCCCGAUAAAAUCGACCUGGAGAAAGCGCGCCGAGAGCACGAGCUGUACACGCAGACCCUGCGGGACCUAGGGCUGGACGUGACCGUGGUGCCGGCGGACGAGUCCACCCCCGACUGUCCCUUCGUGGAGGACACCUGCGUCGUGGUCGGCAACAAGGCACUGCUGACCCGGCCGGCGGGCAAAGCAAGACAGAACGAGAUUGAUGCCAUAGGGAAGGUACUGGAAGACCUUGGAUUGGAGGUACACAGGAUUCGUGACAAGGAUGCGACGCUUGAAGGCGGAGACGUUAUUUUCACUGGACACGAGUUCUUCGUGGGUAAAUCCGUGUGCUCGAACCUGGAGGGUCACGAGAUCCUGGCCGACACCUUCCCGGAGUACCCCGUGCACUCCAUCCCGCUCAGACCGCCCAAAUUCCAUCUGAAGGGAGUCAUCUGCAUGGCGGCACCGGGAGUCAUGGCUGUAGGGGAGAGCAAGUGGGGGAAACGUGCUUGGAAGAUGGUUCAGAAGAAGACGAAGUUCACCUAUGAACCCCUGUGGCUGCCAGACAAAGUCUUCGAGGAUCAUACUUGUGACGUCAUCCAUUUCAACGGGAACCUCAUCCACUGCAGCGUGGAAAAAGGGGCCGAAAGUGUGAAGAGGUUUGCAGACAAGUUCCCAGACGUGAACCGCGUGGAGGUGAAAAUUGAAGAGCUGGAGAAAGUUGAUGCUGGGUUGACCUGCUGCUCCGUCCUGUUCUAAAAGAUGACGCAACUGUGUUCGCACUAAAACACUUAUCUCCAGGCAGAUUUACUAGUGGCAUAAGAUAGUAUCAAAGCUGGCUGAGGAGUAUAGCUGGCCAAAGGGAGUCAUCAUCCACUGGGUAGCCAAACACACUCCUAGGCCGGCUUCACUCCUCUGGCAGUUUCUGAUACUAUCUUAUGCUGCCGUGGGAUCUGCUUGGAGAUUACUAAAUCAUCACGCUAAGAUCACGCUAACUAAAGAAUCAUUGGAUUCGGUUCUUCAUUCUUCUAGAUUUGAAUUUCCGUUAUAUGGAUUUGAAUCAACCCCAAGAUAUUAAAGUUGAUAUCUAAAUACA